CAGAAGUCAUGCAAUUUUAGGAGAAAGUUUCGUAAGGCAUUUACUAAGAGCUGGACAUGAGACAAAGCUGUAACAAUAGAAAACGUGUUGAACAAAGAAAUAAAUACAGCCGAGUUGUUCAAUGUUUUAAUGAAAUUAGCAAAUCUCACUCUAUUAAACGAGCAUGUGGUGAAUUUAUUGAACGAUAAAAAUAUACAAUUUGAUGUUGCUGUUAUUGAACGAAUGUUUUUAGAUGUUUAUUGUGGCGGUUUUUAAUUGCCCAUAUGUUUCAUUUUUCCCUUACCACGAUGAUUUAAACAUUUUUGAAGUUAUUCACGAAAUACCAAAUCCCGCCUACUCUGCCAAUGUUGGAACAGGAAACAUUCCCCCUUUAUCAUUUUACCAGCGAGUGCAAGCAUUAUUUUUUCAAAUAAUCCAUAAAACUUUAAAGGCAUAUUAUAUCACGCCAAAAGAAGAAGAAUUUUACAAAAUUAUGUUUAAACCAUUCACAAACAGACGUGGAAUAGAAUUACCAAAGUAUGACGAUGUAAAGUAUAAUGCGUCUCUAGUAUUAAGUACAGCACAUGCCAGUAUUGGAAACAGUUACCUGCAACCUUUAUCAUUAAUACUAAUUGGUGGAUUUCAUAUUGAUAAUUUAUUGGAUCCUUUGCCAAAGGGGUUAAAGAACAUAAUGGAUUCCAGUAACGGAGUCAUACUCUUUAGCACGGGCUCCCAACUGACCUCAGAAGGAAUGCCUAAAGAAAUGAAAACCCAUAUUCUGCGAGUAUUUUCUAUUUUAAAUUAUACUGUAUUGUGGAAAGCUACUGUGCAGGAAAAGAGUCUACCAGAAAAUGUUCACAUAGCGUCAUGGUUACCACAACAGAGUAUUUUAGCGCAUCCAAAUUGCAAGCUAUUCAUAACACACGGUGGAAUAUUAUCUAUUACUGAAGCUGUUCAUUUCGGUGUACCUAUAAUUGGUAUACCUAUGUUUGGUGAUCAAUUCGUCAAUAUCAGAACCGCGGUCCAAAAUGGUAUCGGAAAAGAAGUUGAAUUAUCUACAAAUUUAAGCGAUGCCUUAGAAAAAGCAAUCAAUGAAGUCUUGAGUAAUCCCAGAUACCGUGAGCGUGCCAAAGAGAUGUCCCGUAUAUACCAUUCCCGCAUGGUACCACCUGGGGUAGAGCUGGUGCACUGGAUAGAAGAAGUGGUAACGUCACAGGGUGCACCCCAUCUGCGCUCUCGAGCCCUUACUAUGCCCCUUUACCAGAAGUACUAUCUUGACUUCGUCGCCAUAAUCCUAAUACUAUUGAUCGCAUUUGUGUGUCUUUUACGAAUAUUGUUUAAUAUUGUUGUAAGUAAAACGAUUAAAAUGAAGAAAAUAACACUU